GAUCUUUGCUUCCUGCUCCACUCCAAAUCCUUACCCAGCAUGCCUCCUCAUCAACAAGGAGGUGGCGACAAGCGAUCCCGCUCCCCCACGCCCUCAUCGUCACGCUCUUCAACACCAGGCCCAGCUCCUCCGCCACCUGCCGUCCGCAAUGGUGACACAGCAGACUCAGACUCAGACGACGACGUCGGCCCAGCGCCGCCUCCGCCCGCAGCAUCCACAUCCUCAGCUCCUCCCUCAAAGAAGGUCAAGGUCGCACCUCGCAAGAGCCUCCCGCACGCCAACAUCUACCUCUCCGCCCUCCCUUCUGCAACUCGCUACUCUCAAUCGUUCAUGCAUCGCUCCCCGAUCAACUUCGUCUCCGUCACACCGUACACCGACUUCCUCAUCACAACAAGCGUAGACGGCCACGUAAAGUUUUGGAAGAAGCAGGAGCUAGGCAUUGAGUUCGUGAAACACUACCGAGCCCACAUUGGUGUGGUGACCGCAACGGCGACUUCAGCUGACGGGAGUCUAUUCGCAUCGGCGGGGAGUGAUGGGACCAUCAAAGUGUUUGACGUGUUCAACUUUGAUCUCAUCAACAUCCUCAAUCUGGGUCAGUGUAUCACGCCAAGGACGCUUGCCUGGGUACACAGGAGAGGAGGAAGAGUCGACGCUGUCUUGGCUGUUGCGGCAGAGGGAUCCAAUGUCAUCCGCCUCUACGACGGGCGAGGCGACGGCAAGCCAACGGCAGAGAUCGACAGCGUGCAUCGCGCACCCGUCCACCUCCUCAGCUACAAUGAGCCAAGCGACUGUGUCGUCUCAGCGGACGAGAGUGGCAUGGUUGAAUACUGGGCGCCGCGAGAGCCUUACGAGAAGCCUGCUACUUCCAGCAGCCAAGGAGCCCUCUGGGAAUACAAAGCCAGCACAAACCUCUUCGACUUCAAGAAGGCCAAGUCUGUUCCAACUUCGCUCGUGUUCUCUCCCAAAUACGACAAAUUCGUCACGCAUUCCCUACCCGACCGAGCUAUUCGUGUCUGGGACUUCAAAACGGGCAAAGUGCUCCGCAAGCUAGACGAGAGCCUCGAUGCUCUCCAAGAACGACAGGCAGCAGGCACCUCUGGCGUGCCAUCCCUCGACGCUAUGGAGCUCGGUCGCCGCUUAGCGUUGGAGAAACAGCUCGACGCGGAGAGUGUGGACGCCAAGGCGAGUGCGAUCAAUUCUGCUCAGGGACUGAGAACGAUGAACGCCGUCUUCGACGAGACGGGCCACUUCGUUGUCUACCCGACCGCUUUGGGCAUCCACAUCAUGGAUACAUACAGCGAUGAUGCUCCCCCAAUUAUUCUGGGUCGGGACGAGACCUGUCGAUUCCUGAAUGUCUCCCUGUUCCAAGGGGUGGGCGGGUCAGCCAAGAAGAAGAGAGGAACACGCAGCUUGGCGCUUAUGGCCUCGGAGAAUCCCGCAGCAGCAGCAGAAUCCAGUGGCGGGGACGACGAUGUAGCGGAUCCGACGUUGUUCUGUACCGCGUUCAGGAAGGAGCGCUUCUACCUCUUCACGCGUCUGGAGCCCGAUGAGGCGGACGUUGCUGCUGGAGCCGACAAGAAGCGUAAGGGCAAGGGUCACGCGGGCGGGGCAGAGAGGGAUGUCUUCAAUGAGAAGCCGAGUAGAGAGGAACAGACCAUUGCCGGUGGGAGCGCCGCUUCGGGAGCUACAGAUGAGGGACAGGUAGCAUCUCGCUCAACCGCAACAGGAGCGACCUCGACUGCUACAUUGCACACCACUCUGGGAGACAUCCAUGUGCGUCUCUAUCGCGAGCUCACGCCUCGUACGGUGGAGAACUUCGUUGGGCUCUGCAAGAAGGGCUACUACAACAAUGUGACCUUCCAUCGCGUCAUCAAGAAGUUCAUUCUUCAGACUGGCGACCCUUUGGGCGACGGAACGGGCGGGGAGAGCCUGUGGGGUGGACAAUUUGAGGACGAGUUCAGGGCGGAGCUGAAGCAUGACCGACCGUACACGUUGAGCAUGGCGAAUGCGGGGAAAGAUACGAACGGCUCCCAAUUCUUCAUCACCACGGUCCCAGCACAAUGGCUCGACGGCAAGCAUACCGUGUUCGGACGCUGCACCACGGGCUUCGACGUGGUGCACCGUAUCGAGAAUGUCCGAGUCGACCAGCACGACAAGCCGAGAGACGCCGUGAGGAUUCUCAAUGUCACGCUUGGCUGAGAAGGCGAGGGGAAUGGUGUGCGAUGGCGAUGGCAUUAGCGAGUGGAAGUUAUAAGGAGAGAAUAGAGUGAGGAGCGAAUAGAGAGAGAGAGGUUGUACAAGUACAGUAGAGUGUAGAAAAAGACACGGAGGAAGAGUGAGGGAUAGCGGCGGUGCGGGCGUCACGGUGAAGCCGCAUUGAAGGGGAGGGGGAAACGGUCAUAGUUGUACAGGGUGAAGAGGGAAUCUAGCCCCUCUGCGCGAGUCAAAGUCUAGUAAUAAGAGUAAGCAGCCCCAUUCUGCUGUUGUUGAUGAUGGCCGC